AUGGGCGUGGCCAUGGUUCUACUCCUCCUGAUAGCCAUCCCCCUAUUGGUUCACACCAUGAAAGGGGGAGGAGCUAGCCAAGGAAGUGGCGGCGGGGGGACCCAUUAUGAGAUGCUGGGGAGCUGCAGAAUGGUCUGUGACACUUAUAGUACUGCACAACCAGGCCAGGAGCUGACAGCCAUGUCCCCUCAACCGGAAUACCCCGGGAAGAAGAAGACGGGGUACCGCGGUGUCCCUGGGAUCCCUGGUCCUCCAGGCGCCCGAGGACCCCCUGGGGAAUCAGGCAAGCCAGGGCCACAGGGGCCUCCCGGCCCUGGACCUAAUGGUUACCUCCCCUCCUACAGCCCCAAGAUCGCCUUUUAUGCAGGGCUAAGGAAACAGCACGAGGGCAGCGAGGUGUUGAAGUUUGAUGAUGUGGUAACCAAUGUAGGGAACUACUAUGAGCCUAGUACUGGGAAGUUCACCUGUCCUCUACCUGGUAUCUACUUCUUCACCUACCAUGUUCUGAUGAGGGGCGGAGAUGGGACCAGCAUGUGGGCUGACUUGAAGAAGAACGGACAGGUGAGGGCCAGUGCCAUCGCCCAGGAUGCGGACCAGAACUAUGACUAUGCGUCUAACAGUGUGAUCCUGCAUCUAGACGUGGGGGACGAGGUGUGUGUACAGCUGGACGGGGGGAAGGUCCAUGGAGGAAACACCAACAAAUACAGCACAUUCUCUGGGUUCCUCAUCUACCCUGACUGA